UUGUAAGGUAAGUAGUGAGUUAUGUGAUAUCAAAGAUGUCAGCUUAACUCCUCUUUAUAGGAAAGAAAUUUCAUGUCGUGAACUUUGAUGAAAUGUUGUGUAGAAAAAAAAUAAUAAAUAAAAAAGAACUAAUACCUACACGUCAAACAGAAAAAUUUGACAUGUAUGACGUAGACAGCAAAUUAUUGAGACAGAAAACUGAAAUAAAUGAACUUGUUCACACAGAAGAGAAAUCUUGUGAAUAUGAAGUAUGUAGCAUGCCAUUUAGGCUAAAUCGUGAUUUAAAUGACAAUGCAUUUAUUCAUGCAGUAGAUAAAUCUUAAUGUAUGUGAAAGUUCUGUUAAAAAUCGUCUGGGAAAAACGGUAAUUAAAAACAUGCUUACCCAAAUUGCUGAUAAAUCUCAUAUGUGUAAAAAGUCAUUUACUCCAAUGUGUACUAUAAUGAGUGUAUGAGUCAUUUAUUUGAAAGGAGGCAUUAAUCAAGCAUAUGCUUAUUCACACAGGAGAGAAACCUCACAUGUGUGAGGUAUGUAGCAAGUCAUUUGCAUUAAAGCAUCAAUUAAUGAGGCAUAUGUUAAUUCACUCGAGAAAGGAAUCUCGUGUGUAAUGCAUCAUUUAGUCAAAAGGGUCCUUUAAACAAGCAUAUGCUUACUCACACAGGGAAGGAAUCUCGUGUGCAAGCUGUGUAAUGCAUCAUUUAGUCAAAACGAUUCUUUAAACAAGCAUAUGCUUACUUACAUAAGGGAGAAACCUCACAUAUGCGAAGUAUGUAACGCAAAAUUUAAAUCGAUGAAUGGUUUAAAAAGACAUAUGCUUAUUCAUACAGGGGAGAAACCUCAUAUGUGUGAAGUAUGUAGUGCAAAAUUUAAGUCGUUGAAGAAUUUAAAAAAACAUAUGCUUGUUCACACAGGAGAGAAACCUCAUAUGUGUGAGGUAUGUAGCAAGUCAUUUGCACGAAAGUCUCAAUUAACGAGCCAUAUGUUUAUUCACUCAGGAAAGAAAUCCCAUGUGUGCGAGGUAUGUAACGCAUCCUUUACUCAAAAGGGUCUUUUAAAUAGCCAUAUGGCUACUCAUACAGGAAAGAAGCCUCACAUAUGUCAAGUAUGUAAUGCAAAAUAUAAGUGGAUGAGUGAAUUAAAAGGACAUAUGCUUACUCACACAGGGGAGAAACCUCACACAUGUGACAUAUGUAGUGCAAAAUUUAAGUGGAGGAAUCGUUUAAAAAAACAUAUGCUUACUCACUCAGGGGAGAAACCUCACAUAUGUGAAGUAAGUAGCACAAAAUUUAAGUGGAUGAAUGGUUUAACAAAACAUAUGCUUACUCACACAGAGAAGAAACCUCACAUAUGUGUAGUAUGUAGUGCAAAAUUUAAGUGGAUGAGCGAUUUAAAAACACAUAUGCUUAUUCACACAGGAGAAAAACCGCAUACGUGUGAGGUAUGUAGCAAGUCAUUUGCACUAAAGUUUCAAUUAAAGAGCCAUAUGUUUGUUCACUCAGGAGAGAAGUCUAAUGUGUGCGAGGUGUGUAAUGCAUCAUUUAGUCGAAAGGGUACUUUAAACAAGCAUAUGCUUACUCAUACAGGGGAGAAACCUUAUACAUGUGGAAUAUGUAGUAAGUCGUUUAGACUAAUGGAUGUAUUAAAGAAGCAUAUACUUAUUCAUACAGGAGAAAAACCUCACAUGUGUGAAGUAUGUACUAAGUCCUUUAGGCGUAAAGAUCAUUUGAAAAACCAUCUGCGUAUUCACACAGGAAAAAAACUUCAUGCGUGAGAUGUGUAACAGGUCAUUUUCUGAAAAGUGUGAGUUGUAUGGCCAUAUGCUAGCGGACAUGGGAGAGAGACCUCGUGCAUGUGAGGUAACAACUCUUUUACUUGAAAGAUUAACUUAAAUUACUCAGAGGCGUAGCUAGGGAUUUCAGCGCUCGGGGAUAACUGAAGAUUUUGCGCCCCUUUCUGUGUACCAAGAACAGAAAACGUUUCAUUCUGCAAUUUCAUCACAUCAGUUUCUCGCCCCUUGGAUGCUGCACCCGGGGACAGAUAUACCACUUGGCCUCACUCUAGCUACGCCACUAAAAUUACUGUAUGCUUAUUCACACAUGUAAGAAAUCUGUUGUGAAGCAACUCAUUUAGAGAGAAUAUUUCAUUAAACAAGCAUAUGUUUUUUCACAGAGGAGGGAAACUACAUGUGUAACUAAUCACUUGGAUGAAAAAAGUGUUUGAGGUAACAUAUCCACAGAGAAUAGAAGGCUUUUGUCUUUUGUGGAAAUGUUAAAUGAAAAAGGACCUGCACUGCUGUGUAUAGUAAGGGCUUGUUCAGGCAGCCAAGAAGUGUCUUUGUACAAGAUGAGUUUAAUCUGUUAUUUUAUCUGAAUUCAUAAUAAAUAAUUUAUUUAUUCCAACAAAAAAA